UGACGUUGAGGCAGGUGGAAAAAGAACGGAACUUCCUCUCCAACCAAGAAGGGAGAGCGAGGCUGAGUUGGGCUGCGGAUGGGGUGGAGGAGCGGGCAGCGAACAGAAAGGAGAAAUUCUGGGAGUUCGCGAGUGCUCGGAGUGGAGCCCCAGCGCAGCCAUGGAGCUUCUGUUCAGAGCCGGAGGUCGGCCCUAAAUACAUAAAUAAUGAGAAAAUUCGAGAAAAGAGAAACGCUGCCAGCAAAACCGAGACCUGCGCUGUGUGUAAAGGCAAAGGCGAUCCCAUUUAUGGUGGCUCGUAUUAUCUUUAAAAUCCGACGCAAAGGAUCUUCUAUGCGCCCUUGGAGGUUAUUCUGCAGACGGAUUGGCGGUUAUUACGGGUAUGUGAUCCAUCAGUGGUAGCGUGCAUUUUUCAGCACUGAAUUAUGGAGACUGAAACUGUGCCCUCACAGGAAGCUUCCCUGACUGUUAAUGAACAGGUGAUUGUGAUGUCAGGACAUGAGACAAUUAGGUUACUGGAAGUGGGAGUAGAUGCAGUCUCAAUAAAAAAUGAAGGGAAAACGCUCAAAGCAACAGAUGCAGCAGCUGGAGGAGAGGAUUCUGCAAACUGCCCUCCAGAAUCAAGUAAAACAGGACAGGAAAGGGUACCACAAAGCCCAGAGAAGGCAUGCAGAGAGUCAAGCGGUGAAAUCAAGGCAUUGCCUGAAAUAACACCUGUGCCUAUCCCAGGAAUUGUGCCAUUUAGCCAAAUGACAAGCCAACCAACACCAACUUUAACUCCUGUCACAGUGCAAGCGGCACCACAGGUCUUGACUCAGGAAAACUUAGCAACAGUUGUGACAGGCGUAAUGGUUCCAGCAGGGGCAGUUACUCAACCUCUUCUUAUCCCCAUCAGUAUUGCAGGUCAAGUGGCAAGUCAGCAGGGGCUGGCUGUGUGGACAUUUCCUGCAGCAACGGUGGCUGCCCUCCCAGGACUGACGGCUGCCUCUCCUACUGGGGGAAUUUUCAAAUCACCUAUAGCCAAUUUGCAAGCCACAGCAGUGCUGAACACAACAGUACAAGCCCCUUUGCAGCCAGGCCAACCUUUCCAAGCACAGCCAACACCCCAGGCCCGGCCAUCCAUCCAAACACAGACUGUGUUCCAACCACCAGCUCAGACAACUCUUUUGUCACAGCCAACCCCAACAGCCACUCCACCUGUCGCCAAGCCACUGGAAACUCCGACACAGAUCACGGUUCAACCGGCAGGAUUUGCAGGAAUAAUCAGUGCAGCUUCUCUUGGAGCCCCAACCCAGCUGCUUAGCUCGCUAGCUGCCACGCCUGUCAUUGCAAACACCAUUCCUAGUGUGCAAGGAAUAACUGGACAAAUCCUGACUAAUGCUCAAGGGCAAGUUAUUGGAACUCUUCCAUGGGUAGUGAACCCAGCCGGAAUUGCAACGGCAACCCCUGCCCCUGCUACGUUGCCGGCACAAAAUCUACAAGUACAGGCGGUGACACCCCAGCUGCUUUUAAAUGCCCAAGGUCAGGUCAUCGCCACCUUGGCUAGCACCAUCCAGACAGCAACCACUGUCAGGAAACCAACCCCCCCCGAAUCUCCUGCCAAGAGUGAGGUCCAGCCAAUUCAGCCCGCCCCAGCUCUCUCACAGCCAACUGUGGUCAUUGCAAGUCCUCCCCCUGUAUCCAAACUAGCUUCCACUCCUGUCCCCAUCACCUGCUCAGAGACACCAACUGUCAGCCAGCUGGUUUCAAAGCCUCAACCUUCAAAUAGUGGAAAUGAUGAAGAUGGCAUAAACCUGGAGGAGAUCAGAGAGUUUGCCAAGAACUUUAAGAUUCGACGUCUCUCUCUGGGUCUCACCCAAACCCAGGUGGGGCAGGCAUUAACUGCCACUGAAGGACCUGCCUACAGCCAGUCUGCUAUAUGCAGAUUCGAAAAGUUGGAUAUCACCCCCAAGAGUGCCCAGAAGCUAAAGCCUGUGCUGGAGAAGUGGCUGAGUGAAGCUGAGCUUCGGAAUCAGGAAGGCCAGCAGAACCUGAUGGAGUUUGUGGGUGGGGAGCCUUCCAAGAAGCGGAAACGUCGCACUUCAUUCACCCCACAGGCCAUUGAGGCCCUCAAUGCCUAUUUUGAGAAAAACACCCUCCCCACUGGCCACGAAAUCACCGAGAUCGCCAAGGAGCUCAAUUAUGACCGGGAGGUGGUCCGGGUUUGGUUCUGCAACCGGCGACAGACACUCAAAAACACCAGCAAACUCAACGUCUUUCAGAUCCCUUGAGGGCUGGAGCUCAACGUGAGAAUCUCCCUUUCCCUACCUGGCUGCCGUGAGCACUUUGUGGCUAAGUCUCCCCUGCCCCUGCCACCUGUUUAUAGUGAUGACUGAAGUGAAAAGAGGGGAGAUCUCCUCGUGUUUUAUUGUAUCCCAGCCUACUCAUCAGCUGCUUCCUUCCUCCCUGACGUUGCACCGAGCUGUGAAGCCUUAGGAGCCCAUUGGCGUUUAACUUCCUUCUGUGUCAGACAAAUCCUGAUCUGUUAAAAGGAAAAAGGUUCUCCUCACCUAGUUGGUGUGCAUUUUUUUUUCUUUUUCUUUUCAAAGGUGGCAUUAGGAUUGACACCAGCAUAGCAUCCACCAGGAAUGAUUGGGGGUACGGGGACGCUGUUUUAUUUGAGCCACUUUUUCAUAGCGAUUUUCUAUCCAGCAACAAAAUCUUCUAAUCAUAUCUGAGCAGAACUGUGGCAUAAUUUAUAUCUCCCUUUCCAUAUGGAUAUUACUGUGAAGGCAGAGCACCAUUAAACUGAAUGGGUUUUUUUCAGCUACCAAGAUCUUGACGUUUAGUAUCCUGGUUCCCUGUUGAUUCUUUUAUUUUAAGACUGAUUUGCCAGUUAAAGAUUCCCUUCCAGAAGAAUGCUGAGGAGGAGGAGGCAGGUGCAAUUGUUUAUAUCUUGGGAUAGUGUAUGUCUUGCAGGGGUGAAAUGCUUCUGGUUCUGACCAGUUCGCCCAAACCGGUAGUAAAAAAAUGCUACCAGUUCAGGC